GAGCUCUGUAAGAGACGCGCAUACCAUUUAUAUAUAUACAUAUACACACCGAAUCCUUUACUACAUCUAGUCUAGAAGUAAUUAAAGAGCACGUUGCGUGAGUAUGGAUCCGGCAUCGAACAACACUCAGCAGCCGCUCGGCGGUGCGGAUCAGAGCAUGCGCAACGCAGCUUGGCCGGCGGGCUACGGCGCGGCGACGGACGCGGACAUGCAGGCGAUGAGAGCCGGCAUGGACUAUCUGGCACACGCCGUUGCCGCCGCCGGGGGCGGCGGCGGCCAGCCGGCCGACAUGAACGCGUUGCUGGGCAACCUCAUGUCGCAGCUGGGAAUGGCGGGGCCGGCGGGUCCCAAUGUGGGCGACGAGCAGGAGGAUCACCACCAGGAGGACCAGCACGAGUGGAUGGGCCACCAGGUCCAGGAGCAGUCGCCGCUGUGCGUGGCCGGGCCCAUGCAGAUGAUCGCCGGCGACGGCGCCUUCUUCGACCAGAACGUCGACGACUUCAUCCACUCCGCCAGGGAGAUCUCGCCCAAAAGCGCCGACUACGCCGUCGUAUCCAUCAUCGGCGCCCAGAGCAGUGGAAAGAGCUAUCUUCUCAACUGCCUCUUUGGUACCAGCUUUAAGGUGAUGAAUGCUUCAACAGGGAGGCGACAAACUACCAAGGGUAUGUGGUUAUCAAGAUGUGUCAGACCUUCCUUGUUUAUUAUGGAUGUAGAGGGUUCUGAUGGGAGAGAAAGAGGAGAGGAUGACACAUCAUUUGAAAAGCAGGGUGCCCUUUUCGCGCUGACUAUUUCAGACCUUAUGAUGGUGAACAUGUGGCUAAGGGAUAUUGGCCGCGAGCAAGGUGGAAGCAUUCCUCUUCUCAGAACAGUUUUUCGGGAAAGGGCAAAACUUGAGCCUGGCCGAACAAAAGUGCUAGUCGUUAUACGUGGCUAUGACAAUGAGACCCCAUUUAACACAUUAGUGGAUGAUGUGGUGACAAACAUGGAAGAGCUAUGGAAGUCCAUACAUGACCAACCUGGUAGGCCAAGAGUGUUAUUCCGUGACUAUAUUGAGGUGUCUGUAGUAGCAUUGCCUGACAAAAUUCAAGAACAGAAGUUCAAAAGAGAGGUCGCAAAGUUGAGAGAAUGGUUUGCUAAAAAUUCUCUUGUGGGGUUCCGGCAAGACAAGGUAUCAGCUUCUGAUUUUUCAUUUAGUGCAAAAGGGAUAUGGGAAGCUAUCCGACAGAACAAGAGACUUAACCUUCCUGCUCACAGGGUGAUGGUAUCGAGCUUUUUCUGUGAAAAGGUUGUCAAGGAGAGUAUCAAUUCUUUAGAGUCUAAUGAGGAUUAUUUGUCAUUAAAGAAAGGUGCGCAAAGUUCUCCAAAAGAAUUCAGCGAGAAAUUGGGAGCCCUUCUAAAGUCGCUCUUGACUCACUUUGACACGGAGACGGAAUUGUAUGAAGCGCAAGAAAGGGCUGCAAAACGCCAAGAACUAGAGGAUGGAGUAUUGCAGCAAGUGGAGCCUAUUUGCCGGGAUUUAUUGUAUGCACUGCGCUUGAGGACAUCUUCUGAAAGUAAGGACAAAAUUACUAAUCUAUUCGGCAACGCAGAUGAUCCCUCCACUAUAGUUGAUCAGUCGGUUGAGGAUUGCUUGAAAAAGUAUAUUGAAUCAUGUGAAGAUUUGAGGACUAGGUACAAAAAUCUAUGUGACGAAAAUUGUAAGGUGCUUAAAAGCGAGCUGCUGUCAUUUGCUAAAAUUAUGGCUGAAAGGAUCAAGGAUAUGCGCAUUAGAGUGGAAGCAGAGCAUGCGAGAGAUGAAGCCGAACAAAAAGCCGAGCGUGUAAAAGCGGAAGCUGCACUUGCGAAAGAGGAAGCUGACCGCGAAGCCGAGCGUGCAAAAGAGGAAACAGAGCGUUUAAUUGAGCAAGCGAGAAAAGAAGCUGAGCAAGCAAAACAGGAAGCAGACAAGCGCGCACGGGAAGCAGAGCUUGCAGCUACAAACAACCAGUUAAAUAAUCCGCUAAUGGGUCUUGGUGCAUUAAUAGGAGCAAUUGGACGGGGCAUCCUUUUUGGACCAGCUGGUAUGGUUGGUAUGGGUGGUGGAAUGUUGGGUCCUACAAUGCAGAAUCAGUAUGGCCCCGCUACCGGCCGUGGCUUUCAACCUCCUUACCCUACACCGGACUAUGGAUAUGAACCUCCAUACCCUCCAACAAGCCAUGCUUACGGAGCCCCCAACCCUUCAAUGAGGCCUGGCUACAACCCGCCUGCUCAAAGUUACUCUGCUAAACCAAUACCUCCUCCCAGGAACCCGGCAAACUUACCUGGUUUGCAACCUGCUAAACCAAUACCUCCUCCCAGGAACCCGGCGAACUUACCUGGUUCACAGCCUGCUAAACCAAUACCGCCUCCCAGGAACCUGGCGAACUUACCUGGUUCACAGCCUGCUAAACCAAUACCGCCUCCUAGGAACCCCGCGAACUUACCUGGUUCACAGCCCGCUAAACCAAUACCGCCUCCGAGGCAGCUUCCCAAAUAGUCGAUCAGAUGAGAAUUAAGUGGAGUUUUCUGCGUGCUGGUGUCGGUGGUGAUCAUGCUUGAGUCUGCUGUUGCCUUUGGAAUAAAUCUCAUGCUUCAUGAGAAGACAAUAAUUUAGGGAGUACUACUAUUUGUGUGUCCUGAACUUAUCUGUCAUUGUGUGAAAAGUUUUCUACUGUUUGAUGAACCAGAAUGACGUUCUCUCAACACGUCCUUCAUAGUUUCUUUUCAAAUUCUCAACGCCUUGUUCCAUCUCCAGUUUGUUAUAUUUGCUAAUAUAAACCGACACAUUUCUCUUGUCCAA